UUCCAAAUUAUGCGUUAUCAAACAUCCUCAGUAUCGGUACCUACAGCCUCAUAUGACAGCCUCAUAUUUGUUACCAUUAAAUUAACUAAUUGAUUCACCAAAUUUCUUCUGUACAAUGGUCCCGCAGUAUUGAAACCUACCAACUCACAAACGCGUAUUUGACAAUCGGCUCACUGGAAAGUCAGUCAUGGCACCAGAUUUAAACUCAGUACCUCCAUCUCCUAGACCUCAGGAGGUUGUAGCCUCUCCACGUCUUACAUCCCGUACUCCCUCUCGACGCACUUCUCAAGCGAUGUCUUCACCAAAUCCUCCUUUAUCUACUGCUUCUCUCAAUAUUCUUCCUUCAAAUCAAAGUGCUGUCGCUGCGGCUUCACCCCCUUUAAUGUCACCUACUAAUAAUAUUCUGACAUCCGCCACUGGUACAAUUCCCGCUGGUGAUAAUACGGGUGUAGGAAUGGGACCUGGACCAUUGAGACAUCCAAGGCCCUUGACGGCUGCGGAUUUACACCUACAAUUGGAGAAGGAACAGGAAGCUGUCGUAUGUUCAUUUCGGUCGCCUGCUUCAUCACAUUCUGGUGUAAAUACUAAUUUCUGCAAUGCGAUAAUAGGUGAAUCGAUUAACUCGGGAACUCAGCAUGCUCCGCGCUGCUCAAAAUGCUUCCGUAGUCUCGAAUACCUCAUCAACCUCCGCAGGCCAUCCCGAUGCUUUGGAUAAUUCGAACCAUCUGCUCUCCGGUCCCAAUCACCCAAUUCCUUCACAUCGUCGCCAUCACCGCACAUCGUCCAGCACUUCCACUCGAAGCAUUACUGCCACUGCAGGUAGUAUCAGCACAGCGAGCGGAAUCGCAGCCCCAGCGGCCCGACGCGUUGAUUCUCUCCCUCAAUCUAUCUCCCUCAGUCGUCAAAAUUCCAUGACUGGCGUUCAAAGAUCCGGAGCUAGUAGUCCUGCACUAUUGAGCGGUAGCUUUGGACACGCUGAUCAAUUCUCGCAUUUCUAUCACCAACAACGACCUGGUAUGUUACCACAUCGUGAUUAUUCAUCGGGUACCGUACCAACAAUGAGUGGUAAUGCUGCGGGAGAUGUUGGUAGUGUGACAAGUGUGCCAACAACAGGAAGAUAUGAAGAGGCGGCUUUUCAAAGGCAGGAGUUGGAGAAUGUGAAGAAAGAAAAUGAGGCAUUGAAGAAGAGGAUUAGAGAGUUGGAGAGGACGUUGAGGGAGAGGAGACAGAGUGAUGCGAGUUUGACGAGGCCAAGAAGUGAAAGUGUUAGUACGACAGCCAGUAUGGCGGUCGGAAGGGCUAGAGAGGGCGUAAGGGAUAGGGAUGCGACAGAAGAUGAGAGUGUUAAGGUUGGGGAGAGUGCUAGAAGUGGUGGCUUGAGAUGAUUGGAGUUUGGUUGAUCUGAAUUUGAUAUUUGGGCGCGAGGAUUUCUUUUCCUUGGUGAUAACAACGAAUAAUUGCGCUUGGGGUUCGAUGGAUAGGGGAAAACAUGGCGUAUGCGUAAUUCUUUUAUUACAUGGUCUGUUUUUCUCUACACAUUACGAGAUUGAGAAAUAUUAAGUUUAAGCUUAGGGAUAAGAUUUAAAAUGCAAUCAACUCUUCUUCAAAAAGUCUUUCAUGAUUGGCGAACCUUAUUGCU